AUAAAGUCGUCUUAAAUUGCACAAGCAUUGAUGGUUUGCUGAAGAAACCAGUACCACAGCACACAAUACGUCGAUGAAGGAACAUCGAGAGCCGUGGCUGGUUAUGGAAUACACGAGACCAAACGAAACAUUGAAUGACGGUGACAACUUAUGUCCAGUAGCUGUACCGUGAAAGUUGAAAAGUCACAGUGAAUGAACCUGUGCACAUACGUUCCAACACAAGACUCGGAAGGAAUAAAUGCCAGAAAAGUUUCCAUGUUGAUGAGCAGGAUAUUAUGUCAUAACAUUUACUUAUCUGGACAAAGGAAGAUUUUUUACUGCACACCUCAGCCAUGAAAUGCGGCGGUCGUUUUCGCAGAUAUGGUUGGUGCUCGCUCCCCCAGUGCCUCAAAUUCGUUGGAGUUUGUGUCUUAGCCAUCGUUGGCUUAAAUAUUUUCUUCUUGAGCUUUAAUCAGCGUCAUAUCCGAAAACGGAGCAUUGGGUGUAAGUCCAGAGAUCGGGAUGGCUUGUGCUUGGACCCGUCCAUUGACUCUCUUUUGCUUUCAAGUCACAGGAUGAAUAGUGCGAUGAACUCGGGCCACCACCAACAGAAUACCUCCAACAGUCCAAGCCCCCCAACUAAAAAGAUGUGCACCGCGGAAGAAUUUAGGAGAGGGGACAAAACAGGAAACCCACUAAUAGACGAUUAUGGGAGGAACGAUGUGCGAUUUGCUGGUGAAAGAGGCCAUGGCGUUGUAUUAACUGUGAACAUGAAAACUCAACUUGAUAACAUCAUGAAAGAACAUAACGUAAACACAAUGGCAAGCGACGAGAUACCCCUGAACAGACUAGUUCCAGACUCACGAAUUGAGGGGUGCAAUAAACUUAGGUACAACACGAGCUCGCUCCCCACAGCCUCCAUUAUCAUCCCGUUCUAUAAUGAGUGGCCAUCGAUGCUGCUGCGAACAGUGUACAGCAUCAUUAACCGGACUCCCAGACGUCUGGUUGCUGACAUCAUUCUUGUGGACGAUGCCAGUACCAUGGGUGUGGCUGUGUGGCGGGAGUCUAAAACACCUGCCCUGUUCGAGGAUCGGUCACGUGGCGCGUGCACAGCCGUACAGUUUCCCAGGGGGCCGGGCGCACAUCGAAAAUUUUAACUACAAGCGGGCUGUGGACGUCUGGCUAGGGGACUACGCCAAAUAUGUUUAUUACAUACGACCGGACAUGAAGACGAUGGAUGUUGGAGAUCUCAGCAGCCGGUUGGAGCUAAAAAAGAGGCUGAAGUGUAAAGACUUUUCUUGGUAUUUAGAGAACGUGUGGCCUGAACUGAACAAAUAUGAUGAGCAUGCAACAAUUUGGGGAGCGGGUUUCUCCCUCACCCAUGAUGGUCGGCUCCGCACGACACUGCAGUGUGUUAUAGCGCCUGUUCAGUACGACGGGGGAGAGGCCAAACUGGAGGACUGCAUCAUAGGGGCGAAAGACAAGUGGGAAUACACCCAAGAUCGUCAGUUGGUGCACACCUCCUCAAAAAUGUGUUUGGACGUAGGACUUCAAGGACCUGUGGUGAGGACCUGCAACCCUACUGCUAUCACACAGAAGUGGUCGUUUCAACCCUUCCAGUUGCCAAGUAUUACACCCAAAGCCUAACUUGUUAUUGAUCUGAUUUAAAAACAACAGUGAUAUAUA